AUGAAGCGCAAUAAUUGUAGAGUGACGGUACCGAUGAAUCCUCCUCGGUUUUUGUGCAGUGUUUGCAAUGUUUGGUGUGACACUGAGAAUGUCCUACGACUGCAUGAAAUGGGGAAAAAACAUCGCUCAAAAUGUCUUGUUCUAGACAGUUUAAACACAAGGGAUCACAUUGAUUAUCCUCUAAAAAUUUCCUUACCAACACUGGUUACUCCUGAUUCGGGCUCGCCGAAAGAUUCACUUCUAGAUACCAGCUCUUAUUCUACGGGGACAGGGAGAAAUUCAACCUGUGAUCAAAAAUCGCCUUUAUAUGUAGGUUUCAUUGAUUCUAGUUCAAACUGGACAAAGUCAAACGAGUUAUCUUCAGCUUCUGAAAUUUCUUUUAACUGCAACUUAUGCGGUAUACAUUUGAAUUCUUCCGAUCAAUAUAUAUCUCAUCUUCGUGGUCGUAAACAUCAAAGUAAAAUAAAUGUUAAUUCAGUUUCUAGUCUGUCUUCGAGCGAUACAGCAAUGUCACCAUCAAGUGAUGAAAACCCAACAUCUGUUUUUUAUCAUUGCAAUAUUUGUCAGUUUGUAAUAUUCAAUUCAAUGAAACUGAAACAUUUGGAGUCAGAAGAGCAUCGAUUGAAUGUUCGCAGGUUAAAAGGAAAAUCACUAUCACCAGGUCCACGCGUAGACAACUCCCCUCACUUACGUAAAUUUAAAAGAUCUUGUCGAGAGGUCUUAGUACCCGUAUAUGGAUCAAUCAAGUUCACAUCUACUGAGGCUAAGCUUUUGGAGAAUUCAGCGAAAGGAGAUCAAGAUUGUGUUUUGUUGUUGGAUUCAUUUGAUGGUCGAGAUCGUAUUGCAAUACAUCUGGCAAAUGCACUACUGAUAGCUAAUAAAAAUCUAUCAACUAUUGAUCCGUCAAGUCCCUCUACUCCUACUUGGGUAGUAUGGGUUUUACCCAAAAUAGAAAAAUCCUCAGCUAAUUCGAUUUCCAUAUUCGGAUCCCAAUCAGAUAAUAAAACUGAUACAUCUCAACGUCCUUUAAAAAUUGCUUACUUACCUUGUGAUACAAAAUUAUUACCACAAGUUGAUUUGAUAUUUACAACCUCUGAUUUGUUUGUUGAGCACUUAUCAAUUCUACUAAUGAGACAAGCAUUUAUCUGUGGCAUAAUUAUUCAUGAUGUCGGUUUAGCGUUAAAAAACGAAGAGUUUUGCAAGCUUCUUUACCGUUAUCGUCAACAUUUUACAAACCAAGCUAAUCGAGGCCGAGUAAGUUAGCAAAAAAUUACUUGAUGAUUAUCCAUGUUUAUUUCCCUUAAAAAUUAAUGAUGUAGUAAACUCAAUGAUUCUGUAGAUAAUAAUUUGCUGUUUCAAAUACAAAAUAUGCAGUUUUCCUUUUUUUUUAUUGAGAAAACAAAUUCACUAAAAUGUAAAUAUAUAUUUACUUGACUAAAAAAUGAUACAGUUUAAGUUCCAUUCAAUGAGGAAAAAUACUCGGGAUUUCUUUACUUAGAUUUUAGUAUGUCAGCCUAAACACCUGAAGAAAAUGUUAACGCUGUAAUUAAUAGCCGACCAAUUUAGAAGAGUAGGUUAUUGCAAUAAUCCCUCAUCUGCUAGUUUCCAUCAUCAAUCCAUUUUUAUACUAAUCUGAGUCAUCUAACAAGAAAUACAAAUCAAUUACGUAAUCUCAAGUUAGGUGAAUAUUAAUGGUGAGGAACUUUUUCAACGGCCAAUAAGCAAAUUUGGUGUACAUUAUUCGUUACUAGUGAUUAUAUGUUUUGGUCAGAUGAAAGUAGAAGAAGACAGUGUAUUUUCAUCGUUCACUCAGUAUGGUUAGAAGAAAAAAAAGGACAAAAAUUCUUGAACAAAUAAAAUAUACAUAGAAAUAUAUUAUAACAGAUUAUUAUAAAUCAUAAGAGAAUAAUUAUUUGAACAAUAUAGAUCUAAACCAUUUUUUUUUCAUUUUGCUACUAUUAUCAUUGAACAGAUAUACUUAUUAAUUACAUUAAUUUCCCAUUUUCUUAUUUUUUAUUCGUUACCUAGAAAAUAAAAUAAAAUUGUUAAAUAUUAUUGGUUUCAUUUUUAAUCAUAUAAAGGUCUAUAUUUUCUCUCAUUUAAUUUCCAUCUUAAAUGAAAAUUAUCAAAUUUUUUUAUAUGAAUUGAAUCACAUAUAUGUGCUGAUGUGACAUACCCAAUUUCUGUUUGGUGUUAUAUACCUAUUUAUGCCGACAAAAGGAGCACUACACUAAAAUAUUAGUAGUAAUCUUUGGUUAAAUGGAUAAGAAUCAAUUAUUGAUUGUUCAUGGAGUAAACAUGGAAAUACAAAGAAGAAAAUAGGUUUUGUAGUAGAAAAAAAUCAACUUAAAGUACAAAAAAUUGGAAAGCAUUCGAUAAACCGUAGUUGUAUAAAUAUGAGUGUAUUGUUGAACUACUGAAUUCUCAGUUGUACAUUUGUUUCUGUUCUGAAUGUUUUUUGAUAUCGAUUCAUUUGGC